GCGUGGGCACAUCCGGGUUCCUUCAAGCCUCGCGGCAACCGUGGAGCCCCGAAGGAGCGGCCCGACAUUCCCGCUCUGGCUGCCCCCUCCGAGCCCUCUCCGUUACUCGGGUUAAUAAACUGGCCGCUGAAGAAGAAUCGAGUGGCCGCUCUGCGCUUCGUUUAGCAAUAUCUAUUGUUCCCGGAGCCAGAGAGGCCUCCUGGGGGAGAACGAGCCUGCGCCAGGCGUCGGUGCUGAUGCGCAGGAGCAGGAACUGGAGAAAUGGAGCCCCCAACAGCUGAGAAGGUCUCAGAAGGAAGGAAGAAAUUCACUGUGAAGACCCAGGAUGAAGAUACUGCCCCGGUAAAAUUGCUCUUCAAACCUGGCUGUUCUGGAGCAAGAGCCUCACCAGCUUCUGAGGCCCCAGCUGUGUCAGGGAGUGCAUCCUAUGCGGACUACAUUGUUGGACAAGCAGUUACCUCCUCAGUGCCUCAGGUGAAGCAAGGAGCAUCUGUUACCACAGCAGCAGCCACUCUCUCGAGGGCACCCCCUCCACCUGACAUGAGCAUCACUAUCGUGCAAAGUGCAACGGAAGAGAAAGCCUCCCCCUUAAACCCAGCGCCAAAACCAGGAGCCAAGCACAACAGCAUCAUUGUCAGCCCCCGUCAGAGGGGAAACCCCAUUUUGAAGUUUGUCCGCAACGUGCCUUGGGAGUUUGGCGAGAUUGUCCCAGAUUAUGUGCUGGGCCAAAGCACCUGUGCUCUUUUCCUGAGCCUCCGGUACCACAACCUGAACCCCAAUUACAUCCAUGAGCGGCUGCGCAGCCUGGGCAAGAUGUACAUGCUGCGAGUGCUCCUGCUUCAGGUUGAUGUGAAAGACCCACACCAGGCACUGAAAGAGCUGGCAAAGAUCUGCAUCCUUGCUGACUGUACCCUCAUCCUGGCCUGGAGCCCAGAGGAAGCUGGCCGCUACUUAGAAACAUAUAAAGCCUAUGAGCAGAAACCGGCCGACCUGCUGAAGGAGAAAGUGGACCAAGACUACUUAUCAAGAGUGACAGACUGCCUGACCAGCGUAAAAUCAGUGAACAAGACAGACACCCUGAGCCUGCUCUCCACCUUUGGAUCUCUAGCCGACAUCAUUGAGGCUUCCAAGGAGGAUCUAUCCCUGUGCCCAGGAAUUGGGCCCCAAAAGGCCAAGAGGCUCUUUGAUGUCCUACAUGAGCCGUUUCUCAAGGGUCCCAAGUGAGCGGAGGCCUCUGUGACCAGAAGAGUGAAGGACACCAGCACGUCUUUGUGGGUACAAGUCUGCUGACUGCCCCCUCCCCUGCCCGCUGAAUGAGUUACCCAUCUGCAGAGCCUUCUAGAAAGGGCAUUUAAGCCUUUUAUUUUUCUAGCAGUCAGCAAGAUUUCUCUUCCCCAAACUCACAAUAAAACACCACUGAGUGGCAAAACCAA